AUGCAUUUUCGCGUUGCAACAGCAUUCCUCGCGGCGGCAGGUGUCGCGGUAAACGCGACUCCGGUGAACCUCAUUUCGCAGGUUGAAUGUCUUGUUGUGAAUGCAGUUGUCAAGGCCUUGGCAACGUACUCAUCGGCGACUCCCUUUUGUAGCUCGUAUUUGUCAAUUCCUACCAUUACCAGUACGGCCACUGCAACUUCGACAGUCUUUCCCACCGAGACCACUACGACAACCACUGGAACCGACACAAGCACUGCUCCUGCCGUGACUGUCACAGAGACUGCUUCUGAAACCAUCACGACAUGCAUUCUGUCCGCAGUGCAAAAGCGUGGUCAAAAGACAACCACCACCACCAAGUCCAGCACCACCUCUGUCUCGACUUCCAAGUCCACUGCGUUGCCGUCGUGCGUCGCGACAUUUGCUAGCGCCCAGAUCUCAACCGCCUGCAGUUGCUUGUCGAUCCCUACUCCAAGCACGACUGUCACAUCCACAGUGACCGUGACCCCGACCGCCACUAGUAUUGUUCAGGUUGCUGCUUCAGCGACGACGACGCCUACCGUGACAGUCACCGCCACGUCGACGUCUACUGAAAUUGUUUGCCCGACACCCUCGUCCUGCGAUAACCAAGGUCUGCAGUGGGCCGAGUACUACAACAGCCAGGGUGACAACAACGAUGCCUCGUACAGCAACUUUUAUGCUGAAGUCUACAAGACCCAGACCCCGAAUGUCCAGGGUGUGACCUCCACCAUUGGUGGCAUUGAUGCCUCGGGCGGUGUCGCCAUUAGUAUCUACGGCAGCAGCAGCACCUUUUACUCGGACUAUUUCGCGCUGGACCACAAGGGCUACCUCUUUGCUGUCGCCACCGGAACCUAUAAAUUUAGCUUCGCUGGCGUGGACGAUAUCGCCGCGCUGUGGUUGGGCUCUACUGCUUACGCUGGCUGGACCCGUGCCAAUGCCAACCUGGUCGUUCCCUUCCACCAGGGAUACGGACCUGGAAGCGGCAGCACUACGAUUGAUUUGGUCGAGGGCCAAUAUCUUCCCAUCCGGGUCUUGUUUGGACAGGGACAGGGCAAUGCCGUGUUCCAGCUCAGUGUUACUGCUCCUGAUGGCACCGUCUUUUUGGACUCUAGCACUGAGAACAGUCCCUAUAUUGUGCAGUACUCUUGCGACGGUACAACCGCGCCAGCGUAUACUGCAUGGGGCACUGAGGCAUAG